UUAUAAACAAAGAAAUAGCUGGCAGCAGCACGGACAGUUAAGAGUGUAACACUACCCGGAACCAAAUAUCAUACCGGAAACGACCACUUUGAAGUGAAGCGAACAUAAGUAUUCAUAGGAAGACGGGGACACCAAAAAUUGACACGGGGCGGAAAAUAUUCCGCUGAAAAAAAUACCUAAAUAUCAAUGGAUACGAAUAAUGAGGACAUUUUGACUUAAGAUCGCGGGUAAUAAAGCAAUACACCGGCGAGUGCGCAUGCAAAUGAAAAAAUACUCGGCAUUUGAAAGAUAGCUAACCCAGCGGAAAUUGGGUUUGGUUAACGGGUCGAAAACAGAGCUGUCGUCGGGCCGAUGGGGAGGCCUUCGAGGUGUUUUUCGGCUGAAGGAAGAAAAUGACCUGCUAACCUGAAAUCGGAUACCGCCUUUGUGUGUGCUUCCCGUUUUUGGACUCUUUUAUGCAAGGCCUAACCACAUAAAGUCUAUUUUUCCCCCAAACGAACUGUUACGGAUACCUUGUUUUUUGCCAGCCAUCAGCGCCAGCUAUCAAACUAGCCAGAUAGCUUAAUUAGCUAAGUUAGCAAGCGAGAUGAAAACGAAACCCUGUAUUCUCUUGGAUGGGUAGCUACGUUACUGGCCAAGUGGAAUUACUUUCAUCAGGGGGACUGUGUACUCAAGAAGUAUACAUUUUAUAUUUUUUAUCCUUCGACGCUUGCAUUUGAAAAUCAGAAUUAACGUCAGAAGAAACUAACGCAGAGGCCCAAGUGUUAGCCAAGAAGCUAUUACCGAAUGUCACAUUAUUCUUGUUUUUUAAUGUUGCAUAGAAGAUUUUUUUGCAUUUAAUAUCGCCUGUGUGCUACCAAGAAAUGUGAUUUAAGAAGAAAUUCGAUUGCCCCCCUUCCCUACACCCCCCUUUUUAAAUUCUGCGUUCCACCUCCUGCUGUGGAGCAUCAGGUUCGGAUCUCUUGACGACCCGCCAAACCUUCAGAAUCUGCAUGCAACCCUUGACCAGGUGGAGGUGAGACACUCGGAGGUGAGACACUCGGAGUUAGAAGUCCUGCUGUGCCUGGCUCACGGAGGGAAAACUCUGGAGGACUGAGUGUUUUCAAGGACAUCCUGGUCUCCACGCAGUUUCACGAGGCGACUUGGGAAAUUCCCAAUUCUGGCAAGAUUUAUUUGGAACAGUUGGUUGACCUGCAUUCCAUGAACUUUAUCGAGUUUUAAAGAUUUUUGGCUGUAGACACUAACUGGGCACAUUUAGUCACACUUCUCACAUAGAGCGUUUUUUUUUUUUUUUUUGUCCUAGCAUAUCUCACUUUCUAUUAUUUAAUCAUGAACUUGACAUCUGUCAUUCUGAAAGGAGUUCAGUAGGUACUUUGUAAUUUAAGCUUCCAUGAUCAAGGGCAAUUUUGAAUCACAAAGCACAGAAAGAACCCAAAUUGUUUUAACAGAAAAACAGUAAGCCAGUACAACAUCAGACAUACGCAUAAUCCCUCGAGACGGUAGUAUUCCUAUAUAAUCUUUUUAAUUUAUCUAGCAUUAGUAGUGGACCUAUAGAGACAGUUUCCACAGAACAAUCCCCCCCACCCUCCUUCAUUGUGCUGUACACUCCAGUGUCUGUUUCUUGGAAGCCUUUUGGAUUUACUACAACCUUUCUUCAGUCAGGCUGCAUUAGGACAGCUUUUGCAAGAGCAACACAAAUCAGAGAGGCAACAGUUCCUGCUUGUUUAAGUGGAGGUGGGAUUGUCCUCUUAAGAGAGGCUGGGCAACGGGAAGCAGCCCCAUCAGCAGCCCCUGAGCAGCUAGUGGGAAAUGUUCCAGUUCGGUAAAUACCCAAUGGACAUUUUAGAAAUGCUGAGUGGACACCAGGCUCACCAGUUCAAAGGCCUGGGUUUGGAGAGGCAGUUGCAGCACCAGCAGCAGGUUCAGCUCCAGCAGCAGCUCCAGCAACAGCAGCAGCAGCAGAGUGAGGCUUCUGUUCUCUCCGGCCUGGGCCUUGGAUCCUUACAGAGUUCUAGGAGUAAUGCAUUUGCGGAUUCAUCUUCCAUAUUUGCCAAAAUGAGUGCACCCCCUCCCCCUCUUCCACAGCAGACUCAAUCCUCACAGAGCUCCAGGAAGUCGAGCAAGAUGAGCAGCAGUGGCAGCGGGAGCUCAUCUGGAUAUCCCCAGUUCUUACGACCCUUCCACCCUGCCGAGGCAGCCUUGGCCCAGGAGCAACUCCACUCGGGGAUGGGCCGCUUUGACUUUGGCAGUGGAAGCAGUGGAGGAAGUUCGGGUGUGAUCGGAGGAGUUGUGACAUCUGCCCCACCACCACCACCUUUACACCCUGGCCUGUCUGUACCCCAAGCUUCCCCUGGACCUUCCUCAUCCUCACCCUCACCCUCCAGUUCAACCUCCACCUCCAACAACCCCCCCAGCAGCAGCAGCACUGUGGCCUCCUUGGGGCAGCCACUUGUUGGAUCCCAGUCUGAUGCUCGAAGUUUACACCAGCAGUUCAGCUGCAUGCUUGCUGCCAAUCAGUACUAUCUCUCUGGAGUGCCAGCCAAUGCCAGCUUGGAGCAGUUUCUGGUACAGCAAGGCACCCAUAACCAUCUGGGGUUGGGUUUGGGCCAAGGGGCUGGAGAUUCAAAUUCAGGCUUGGCACCACCCCCAGCUCUGCAUCCCUCACACACUCACGGACAUCCAACUCCCCAGCCCCCACAGCAACAGCAGCAGCUGCCACCCCAUGCCUUAUCACACCCCCACACCCAUGCCCAUCCACACCACCCUCUACACCCAGCCCCGCAACCUUCACCUCUUGGAGGCUUUGAUUUUCAAGGCAUUCCAGUGCUCUCUUCCAACCAAUUAGCUUCCCUGAUGCAACAAGAAGCAGGCUUACCUCUUCCUUUGCCACUUCACCUGUCUGUCCCCAAGGAUGAAGGUAAGGGAGAAAGUGGCUCUGGGGCCGGAGGAAGUGGAGGUAGUGGCAGCAGGAGAAAGAAGGCCAUGGCCGGCUACCUGCCCCAGAGAAAAACUGACGGAAGCAGUAGCAGUAGUGGCAGUAGCAGUAACCCUGGCUGCCACAGCAGCUCUGCGGGACAUGGUCAUGACACCGCCUCUGGCCUCGUUGGAGGAGGUGGAGGGGUUGGUUUGAGGGGUCUUGCUGGAGACCCCUCGUCCAUCCUCUCUUCUACACAAUCUUCCUCUUCUUCAACUGUCUCCUCCUCCUCUUCUUCCGCCCCAUCCUCUAGCUCUGCCUCAGUUUUAGUAACCAAUGUCUCACAGCACCCUAAACAGCCUGACAACCAACCUCCCAUGGCUCCAGCUCCUACACAAACAGAACCUGAGCCCCUGUAUCACUGUGGGGAAUGUGGCAAGUCUUUCACGCACCUUCCUAGCCUUCGUAGACACAUACGCACCCAUGGUGGAGAUGGAGAGGGUGGAACUAGCGGCAGUAGCUCCAAUCUCAAUGCUAACCAUCACCAAGCUGACACAAGCCUCCCUCACUCAACUCAGGAUGGGAUCUCUCAAAACACUCAUCACCGAGACCAGCAAUCCAAUCCAGACCCAACAUCAUCGUCCUGCCCAAGCCCAGAGAGGACCUACUGCUGCUCAGAUUGUGGCAAGGGCUUCAAGAAAAGGGGCCAUCUCCUUCAGCAUGGAGUCAUCCACUCUGGAGCACGCCCCUAUGCCUGUGGUAUCUGUGAGCGAUCUUUCAAUCGCCGUGAGUCCCUCACAAGACAUGAGAAGAUCCAUGAGGAGAAGCCGUUCCGCUGUCCUGCAUGUGGACGCUGCUUCCGGGAAAGCACUUCCCUGCUCAAUCACGCAGCUUCUGGGACCUGUGGCAAACCAAGACGCUCUAGAAGCAGUGAUGGGAACAGCUCUGUGAAUUCAGCGGAUGGAAAGUCAGGAGGAAGCGGAGAAUAUCACAGCCGACAAGUUGGCGAUGGAUCAGGAAUGAGCUAUGGGAAAACUGAAGGACGUGGUGGUGCUGGAAUGUCCUCUUGUGAUGGUAUGUAUCAGCAAGGAAGAAGUGGAACCAGUGGCACAACUCCUAAAAUUGAGGGGAAAUAUGGCUCGGAUUACUCUAGGAAUCGUUACCAAACAUCUUGCAGAGUUGAUGAUUACCGUCGCCAACAGGGCAAUCCAUCUCCUUGUUACUCUGCUGAUGGGUCCUGCAGCAGUGGAAUGACUUGUCCAGCGCUGCGGAAAGCUCCUCUUGCACCCACCUUACAUCCUCAUCCUCAGAGCCAGCAGCAACACCAUCACCACCAACCUCACCUUCCCCUCUCCUCCCUUCUGGAUGACUCUGAAGAUGAAGUCACCAGCAGUGCCAUGUCUGCCAUAGCUGCUGCUGCUGCCGCGUCAUUACCUGCAGAGCUGAACAACAACGAAGGCCGUGAGGAGAGAAGAGACAUCAUUGGAGGUCUGCUAGGAGGUCUUGGCUUUGGGUCCAUGGGAGUAUCCCCGAGUGGGCCGUCUUCAACAUCUGAAUUGGACAAGUCCUAUCGAGGAAGUGGAGGGAGUGACCAAUGCAUGAGUGGCUCCAUGAUGCCCUUGUCCCAUCCAGCUCAGCCUAACCAGCAGAACCCCAAUGCCAAACCCAAGCGCCCAAGGAAGCCCAGGCAGAAGAGAGAACUCCGCCCUGGUGAAAUUGUUGUCAAGCGUAGACGGCGCCAUCCAAGUGGACCACGUACAGAUGGGGAGAGACCGUACCUGUGCACCGUGUGUGGCCGUGGAUUCAGCAGACGUGAGACCCUCCGUCGUCACGAUCGUGUACACACAGGAGAAAAGCCGUUCCACUGUGACGUCUGUGGGAAGGAUUUCAGAGAGCCUUUUCACCUCACCAAACAUCAAACCGUGCAUUCAGGCGAAAAGAACUUCAAAUGUUCCCUGUGUGGGAAAGACUUUGGCUAUGCACAGAGCCUUAAGAGACACACAAAACUACAUCUGAAGGGGGAUUUUCGGCCAAGAAAGAGUAACACUAAGAGCAACUCUGCUCAAAACCAUGGAGGAGUUAUCAGCCAGCAUGGAGAUCAAAAAAACUCGGGCGGCUACUAUACUUCGUAUCCACAGGGUAACUCACAAGGAUCCAAUAACACCACAGGCAACCAACCCCCUGCUCGGCUAUACACCUGCGAAAUCUGCUGGAAAUCCUUCCGCCAUCAUUUCCAUCUGACCGCCCAUCAUCAAACAGUCCACGAAAAUGGGGGGGAAAAGCUCUUUUGCUGUGAGGUGUGCGGGAAAGCCUUUGCAUACUCCAAUAGCCUAACCCGACACAGGCUGUCUCAGCACGGUUUGUCCCAGCCCCCAACAAACCAGACCUCUGGUGCGGGAGGAAGCGGAUCUGGGGGUGCCGGAUCUUCAGUGUCCGAGAGUGAAGCAGCCACUAAUGCCCUCCUCCAUCUGACUCCAGACAGCGGGCCUCAUGGGGGCCAGUCAUCCCACUCAUCCCACUCCACCCACUCCACCCUCUCCCACCCACAGCAUCCCAUCCCCCAGCCAGCCGGCUACUCCCCCCUCUUUUAUGUCCCUGAGUCAGGCCCCCAUACCUCUGGCUCCAGUGCGUCUUCUCAGCACCACUACUCCCCCAGUGGCCACCACUCCAGCCACCAGUCAUCACUGGGGUUAAAACCGGAUGUCUACACAGGGAGCUCCUCCAGUAUCCUGAGCCCUGCUCCUCCUCUCAUCCCAAUUGCUACUGCUCAACAACAGCAGCAGCAGCAGCAGCAGCAGCACCAUCACCACCAGCAGCCGCAGUCACAGCACCCUUUUCAGUUGCCUCCCCUCCAGCCUCAGCGCCCACCUCAGCAGUCGGGGGAAGUCACGCACCCCAAAAAAAAAAAAAAAAAGAAGUUUAGUCUGAUCAGCAGGGGGCCUCUGAUGGGUUACAUGAACCAUGACAACUCCAAAAGAUACAGACUGAUGCGAAGAAAAAAGCGCAGACUCCAGAGACAACUGAAAAGGAAAAAAUGGAUCCUGGCUCAGAUUCUCCGGUCCAGAGGUGGUGCUGGGGGUGGAGGGACGUGGCGCGUGGGUCGGUUAAAGUUCCGAGGGCUGAGGUCGCUGGAGAUCCACCUGAAGCGCUUCCCGUGCCCCCUCUGUCCCAGCACCACCUUCUCCCGCCAGGCUUCCCUGCUCGUCCACCGCGCGACACGCCACCCCCCCAGGACCACUGGCCGCAAGGCCCGACUCCACUGCUCCGUCUGCGGGAAGCGCUCGCGCCGGCUCCUGGGCGCCCUCCGUCACCGGGCCUUCCAUCUCAACCAAGGCUGCUUCUCGUGCCCGCGCUGCCCCUCGCGUUUCUGGAACGCCGCCCUGCUGGAGAGGCAUAGGAUUGCCUGCCGGCGGGUGGGCACUGCUGCCACCGGGAACUGGGGUCUGAAAUUGCAGAUGUCACCCAAAGGGACAGUCGGUGAGGCCCAGAGCGAGAGAUCAACAGUGGUGACUGAGUACAGGCACUAAAUAUUUUUUUAAUUAAAAAUAAAGAAAAAAAUACAAAGCAAAAAAAAAGACCUAAGAUAUCUAGGGUGUUUUUAAGAUGAUGGGGAAGGGGAAGGAUAGGGCAUAAGUGUUGGAGGAAGACAUGCCUCUAGAUAUAUACUUCACCAUUAACAUGAACUCUUCCGACCUGCAUCUAAAGCAACAUCCAUAUAAGACAUGGAGCUCUAACUUGGAUUCCUCAAGGGGGAAGUACUCUAGUAAGCGUGACUGUUUUCGUAGCAUCUCUGUCCUUUUUAGAUGCAUUCACCAUAUCCUUUUUCGUAACAUCUGUUUAGCGGUAAUGAAUGCAUUCAAAUAUGAGUGAAUUAAUCCAAACAGUACUGAUUUUAUUUCUCCUGUUUAGUUUUCCCUUGUUAUUCAAACAGUAUAGUCUCUGUCUUUCUUUUGAUAAGUGUAGUUUUUUUCUGUUUAUUGUGGAAUUGUGCUUUUUCUGUUGUUGUUUUUGUUUUUUGGUCAUUCUGUAUUGGCCAAUGUUCAGCUGAGAGGUGAAUGCCUGGGUGGAGAAGGGUCAGUCUUGGAAAAACGAUGUCGUCUGGGCAUCGAGGAUAACACGUUUAGACACUGUUGUUGUGAAACUUAACUCUGUGAAUAACAUAAUCCCUCAUCAAAGAAAUCCCAAAACACUUAUCCAUCAGUAAAGACGUCAAAAAUCACAAGCAGAAAAAAUAACGGCAUCUUGAUCUAGGGUAGAAUGCAUUGGUAGAGGCCAUUUUCAGAAUUGCUGAUUUAAAAAAAAAAGAUAAGAAAAGGAAAGAAGGAAAACCUUGGGCCUGCAUAGAACAGUUCCAAGUGUCUUUGUUGUUGAGGUCUUGGAACACACAAGAUGGGAUCAGCCACCCUGUACUGUACAAUUCGUAUUAUAUUUUAUUAUAUUAUUGUGUUUUUUUUUUUAUAUUCCAAGUAUAAAUUCUUUUUUAAUCAUUUUUACUCUGUGCUGGGUGGGUGGGAUGUGACAAGGGGGUUAUCCGUGUAAGUCGAGGGGUUUUAAGUGUAUCCAUGUGAUUUUAUUUUUCUUUUUUUUUUUUCUUCUCCCUCCCCUCUGGAUUUGUUUGUCCUAGUCUCCCAACACGAUCAUAUCCACACACCGACCUAUAGUUCCUCUCUUCCCCUUUUCUUCCUCUGUAAACUAAAAAUAAGAACUAUAAAUACUAAACGACUAUCCUCUUUUUUUUCCUAAACCUACAAAAGAUGUUGAGACCCUCAAGAAAUCAAAUAAAAAGGUAAAAAGAUU